UUUACGCUUCUGCGCAGGCCGUUAGGGCGGAAAACGCGCGAUUUCUCGCGAUCGUCAUCAUCACGCAACUAUUAGCGCCGGGCCGUUAGAGCAUCCCCCCACCGAUGGGAGCCGGAGCCGAGUCCUCUUAAAGGAUCGAGGACCAUCCUUCGAUGAGCAUUUGUCGCGAGCUCGUUGUUCCUCUUCGUUUGUUUGUCCUCCUCGUCACCGCGUCGCAGGUGUUGUCUCGCGUGGGGUUUUUCGAAGCGUCAUACUACUAUUCGCGUGUGUUGUUGUUGUUGUUGUUGUUGUUGUCGCGUGUUGGGAAGACCACAAGGAAGAGCUGGCUUUUUUCUCGGUUCAUGGGUAACAGGAGAGAUGACGUUCAAGGGCACAAUAACAUCGUUUCCAAAACAUUUGCUGUCGGCCUUGCUCCUCCUGGCGUUCAGCGAGAUCUCGCACGCGCACGUGCUGGAAAAGCCGGCGAACGGCACGAGACUCUCCGAGACUGAGGACUUUGGGAUUCCCCAGCGCAUAAGCAAUGCCAGCGCGGAAUCCAGAGCACCGAAGCUGCUCUCGAGGUUCGACGCUUCGCGAAAGAUACAGGUCGACCCGUACACCGGCAACUGGAACGUCAGCAGCAACGGCAAUUACAGCAGCAUCCGAGCGCACUCGCCGAAUCUCAAUCGCACGGAGAUGAGGAACUCGACUCUCCUCGACGCCUUCCUCAACAGGCGAUCAAAUUCCCAGCAGAAGUAUCCCAACGGUCAGUACGCGGUCUUGAAAGCGGAAAGCGGCCAUCAGCAGGAGAAGCGCAAGUCCUACGCUACCAGCGAGGACUACGAGCACCAGGUCCACAACGUCGCCACCGAGUACUUCCCGCCGCAAACGCAGGAAUACGACGAGAGCUACAACACGAUCCCCGAGGACAUGAACACGGGCUACGAGGUGCCGGUCACUCCCGGCUACGAGCCCUGGCGCGUCUCCUACGUGCCCCACGACCCGGGCUACUUUGGUCCACCCAUUCCCGUUGGCGAACCUCCGGUGCACCGAGACCCGCCCAGCACGAUCGCAGGCACGCGCGAGUGCAACUGCCCGACGACGACGCGCUCCUACGAGUGCGACAACCCCUCCGGCAACUUCCUCGCCCUGCUCUCGGCUCUGGGCCAGAACCUCUGGGCCCUCGUCUCGCUCAUCGCCACCAGCAGCGUACCCUUCCUCAUCCCGCUCCUCGCGCUCAAGAUGAUCAUCGUCCCGCUCAAGAUCCUCAAGUUCCUCAAGCUCGUCAAGCUCUUCCUCAAGCUCUUCAUCAUCCUGCCGUUCUUCGUCCGCGUCGUCUACCCGGCCCUCACCAACUCCUUCAACCUGCAGAGCUUCCUCUUCCAGAAGAUACAGGACGUCUUCCCGGACGACAAUUCGCACCAUCCGCCGCAUCCGCACGACGCGGAGAGCCGACAGGCCGACGACGGCAAGAACGCGUCGGCGGCUUUCGCGAGGGACGACGGGCUGCUGCUCGACGACGCCAGUGUCUGGGACCUGAGGCAGUGUCCCAGCCGGGUGGCUUGCGAGAUCGGAGCCUUCCUGGCCGGGGCAGGCAGGGCCAGCUUGUUUCCCCAGAAUCUGGACAACUAUCUGGCCGGGAGGGCGGACAGGGCCAUGAGGGGGGUGAGGCCAAGGAGUAAGAAGGACGAGGGCGGCCACGAGGAGGAGGAGGAGGAGGAGGAGGAGGAGGAGGAAGACCAGAGGAACCAGGCUUUCAAGGCUUUUCUUGUUGCCCUCGGCAAGAAGUGGAGCCAGGAGCAGUGUCAGGUUUACAGUUGCGCGGUCUUGUUUUGAUUGAAAAUUCAAUUUUGGCUCCUUACCUUUGGCUAUAUAGACGAGAUUUAAGACUGUCGAGAUAAGAAUCUUGGAGGCGUAUGUACUAACGUUGAUAACAAGAGGAACGACUAUAACGACAUUGAGCGGAACAAUUCGAGUUGAAGUAAUGCGGUUCUGUGUACAAUUUAAAUCGAUAAGAUCAAAAACAUCGGAUUACUCGCAUAGCUUCCGUAUUUGAUACAAGAGAAAAACAAUUACCAUUUCGAGCGCCGUGUUUUUGAAUAUAAUUAUACUAGUCAGUUAUAAAUUGAUCAUUGUUGCUUGACGA